UCGUUGUCCUGCCACCCUGACUCACGGCAAAUGUGAUAUGUCGAAUAAGGAGUCGUUGCCUAGAGCGUUGAAACGGCAUGGAGGACUUACCAUUCCUUUGAAGAAGACAAUCUCUUUUUCUUUCUUUCUUUCAUUGAUUCUCUCUCUCUCUCUCUCUCUCUUUUUUUUUUUUUUUUUCUUUUCUCCCGUUGCUUACAGUCAACUUACUAGACACUCUACCCAAUCCAAAAUUUGGAGGAACGGGAAAAGAUGGUGAACAGGAAAGAUUGAGAAGGUCAGAGCUACCUUAGGCAUGUACCAAGAAACCUCUACCCUCAUAGCCCAGCUGCAAGGUACUACCGUGUUUCUCUCGUGGGUUGGUG